GAUGCAGGGGAACGUCCAGAGAUGCGGCACGCGUAAAGUGCGCCAUUGUUUCCUACCGGCAAAUCUCACUGGGCCGGUUCUGAAGUGACGUAGGUCAAACGUGGACUUGGUACCAAUGGAUCAGGUCUAAUACCUGAACUUUAUGGUGACCUGCCGAACUUCUGCUGACGUCAUUCUUUUAGUGUAGUUUUCAGAGUUAAUCAGUCGCCAUUUGACUUUAAUCCAACCCACCGCGUACGGGAGGAUGCGGGGAGCUUUCAGGAUGAUGAUGAUGAUGAUGAUGAAGGCGAGGAUGACGCGGAGGAGGAGCUCUGACGUCACACUGCCUCCUGUUGUCUGGGAGCUCUGCAGCGCUGCCGUUGGAUCCGGGCUGUGCUCUUCCUCCUCCUCCUCUUCCUCUUUGUCUCCACGCCGCACUCCCUCCCGCACCGACGCAAACACCGGGCUUUCCUGCCGCCGCCGCCCCGUCCUCCCCUCCCACCGGCCGCCGGAGGUUCCCGGCGAGAGCCCGCUGCUGCGGCUCCGCUGUCGGCGAAGGAGAUGCGAGUCCCGGACUGAGCAGAGCGGAGAGCAGGGCGAUGUCCGGCAGGAUGCCUCUGACCCCGGUCAGCGAGUCGGAGCAGGCGCCGUCGAAGCCUUCCAACGGCCUGCCUGAGGCUCCGCCCGAGGCCCCACCCAACAAAGCGCCCGGCCGCCACAGUCUACCACCGUGCCGCAGCUCUGUGACGCCAGACGACCAGCCACACGUUGGCAACUACCGCCUGCUGAAGACCAUCGGCAAAGGCAACUUUGCUAAAGUGAAACUGGCCAGACACACACUGACCGGCCGCCAGGUCGCCGUCAAGAUCAUCGACAAGACUCAGCUGAACCCCACCAGCCUGCAGAAGCUCUUCAGGGAGGUCAGAGUGAUGAAGACGCUGAAGCACCCAAACAUCGUGAAGCUGUUUGAGGUGAUUGAGACCGACAGAACUCUGUACCUGGUGAUGGAGUUCGCCAGCGGAGGUGAGGUCUUCGAUUACCUGGUUGCUCACGGGAGGAUGAAGGAGAAGGAGGCCAGAGCCAAGUUCCGGCAGAUUGUGUCAGCGGUGGAAUAUUGUCACCAGAAGAGGAUCGUACACCGAGACCUGAAGGCAGAGAACCUCCUGCUAGACGCCGACAUGAACAUCAAGAUCGCAGACUUCGGCUUCAGUAACGAGUUCACGCUGGGCAGCAAGCUGGACACGUUCUGUGGCUCUCCUCCGUACGCUGCUCCUGAACUCUUCCAGGGGAAGAAAUAUGACGGACCGGAGGUGGACGUCUGGAGUCUGGGAGUGAUUCUCUACACCCUGGUCAGCGGCGCGCUGCCCUUUGAUGGACAGAACCUCAAGGAGCUGAGGGAGCGCGUUCUCCGAGGGAAGUAUCGGAUCCCCUUCUACAUGUCGAGCGACUGUGAAAUCCUGCUGAAGAAGCUGCUGGUUCUGAACCCGGGCAAGCGAAGCAGCCUGCAGCAAGUCAUGAAGGAUCGAUGGAUGAACGCCGGCUGCAACGGAGAGGAGCUGAAGCCGUUCUCAGAGCCGGAGCCGGACCUCAGUGACCUUAAACGCAUGGAGCUGAUGAAGACGAUGGGCUUCUCUCAGGAGGAGGUGAUGAAGGCGCUGAACGCUCAGAAGUACAACGAGGUCAUGGCCACGUACCUGCUGCUGGGGAGAAAGCCUGCAGAGUUUGAAGUGGGUGAGUCUGUGUCCAACACCAGCCUGGUUCAAAGGUCGCGACCCUGCAGUGACCUCAAUGGCUCCAGUCAGUCUCCCGCCCACUCGUGCGCUGUGUCAGCCAAUCAGAAGCAGCGCCGGUUCAGCGACUAUGUGGCGCCCUCCAUCCCUCCGCCCGUCUGCUGCACCAAGCGCUCGCACGCCAGCAGCGUGGAGAGUGAGAGCGGAGCGGAGCCGGCGUCGCCCGCGGGAGCUCCGGAUCGCAGGAAGUCGGCCACAGCUUCCGGGGUAACACCCAGGUCAAAGGUCGGUUGCGCCCCCGGCGGUGCAGCCAGUGGUGAGUUUAACAGCCUGCGUGUGUUGCAGAGCAUCACUCGGAGGAACACGUACGUCUACGAGAGGGCGAGCGCUGCUGCCGACGGGAAGGACAGCAGUCUAGCAGAGGUCCCGGCAGCCUCCCCCUCCUCCUCCGCCCGCCCCCGUCACGUCAAAUCCAUGUCGGCGUCGGGACACCCCCUGAAGUCCAGCCUGCCCCCGAUCGACGACGACGCAGAGUAUCAGAGCCCCCCCCAGCAGCCGCCGGCAUCCCCCUCCGCCUUCAGCACCAGCAGCAGCACCACGCCGGACCGGGCCCGCUUCCCCCGCGGCUCCUCCAGCCGCUCCACCUUUCAUGGCGCUCAGCUUCGAGAUCGGAAACCCGCCACGUACAACGGGCCACCGACCUCGCCCACCCAGUCGCCCGGCGCCGCAACCGGGCCGCGCCGUGGAGCCUCCGGUUCCCUCCUCGGGAAGCUCACCUCCAGGUUUGGACGCAGGAGUCUGUCGGGUGAAACCAAGGACGAGGGCCAGGACUCCAAGCCGCGCUCCCUGCGCUUCACCUGGAGCAUGAAGACCACCUCCUCCUUGGAGCCCAGAGACAUGAUGAAGGAGAUCCGCAGGGUUCUGGACGCCAACAACUGUGACUACGAGCAGCGCGAGCGCUACCUGCUGCUCUGCGUGCACGGCGACGCGCGGCAGGACGCGUUGGUCCAGUGGGAGAUCGAGGUCUGUAAACUGCCCCGGCUGUCGCUCAACGGCGUGCGCUUCAAGCGGAUCUCUGGCACGUCCAUUGCCUUCAAAAACAUCGCCUCCAAAGUGUCCAACGAGCUCCAUCUGUGACCGUCACCACGAGUGAGGCCGUUGCUGCUGACCAACACCUUCGUCCUGAAGCUGAAACAGAGCACGAGUGGGUGUCAGCACAACGUCAUGCUGAGGCCUCCGAGCCUGAACUGGAGCCCUGGGUCCAGUCAUGGCUUUGGGGCCGAUACGCUGCUGCUGGUUUGGAGACUAUUUAUUCAGCAGCAGUCACAGCCUGGUGACCUUUGACCCCCUGAAGCCACGUAGCUGCUGCUGUAACUGUUGCAAUAACAACAAUGUUCAAAUAGAAGCGUCUCAACA